ACAUGGAAAAUACUUCGUAAGAAGGAAGCAUCGGUCGUUGCAUUUCGCAUAUCGAGUACUAACUCAACAUUUCUUUGCAUCUUCAAACCCCACCCUCUUUCUCUCUCACUAUUUACAGAGGUUGCUAUCAUUGGAGCAGAACCACCCUCUGGAUCUUAAUCUAAAUCGACACUCGAAGGCCUUCAAAUCUCUCAAUUCGGACGGAGAUUCGGUCUAGUUCUCUCUCUGUUCGAGUUGUCUUGCCGGAUCUCCCACUGGGAUCUUAGGGUUCAGGAUUCAGUCACGGAUUUCCAAUCAAGAGGCUAAAUUUUAAUCUUCAACAAUGCCUCUCAGGCUCGAGAUCAAGAGGAAACUUGCUCAAAGAUCAGAAAGAGUAAAAUCCGUGGAUCUGCAUCCAACAGAGCCAUGGAUCCUCACAAGUUUGUAUUCAGGAACAGUCUGCAUCUGGGAUUACCAGUCUCAGGCUAUGGCAAAAUCCUUUGAGGUUACUGAAUUACCAGUCAGAUCAGCAAAGUUUGUAGCCCGCAAGCAGUGGGUUGUUGCAGGAGCAGAUGACAUGUUUAUCCGUGUGUACAAUUACAAUACAAUGGAUAAAGUUAAAGUAUUUGAGGCACAUACAGAUUACAUUCGGUGUGUGGCUGUCCACCCUACCCUCCCAUAUAUACUUUCAUCUUCUGAUGAUAUGCUUAUAAAGCUUUGGGACUGGGAAAAGAGUUGGUAUUGUACUCAAAUCUUUGAGGGACAUUCCCAUUAUGUCAUGCAAGUGACAAUCAAUCCUAAAGACACCAAUACUUUUGCAAGUGCAUCACUUGAUCGCACCAUAAAGAUAUGGAAUCUUGGGUCUCCUGAUCCUAACUUUACACUAGAUGCCCAUCUCAAAGGAGUGAAUUGUGUGGAUUAUUUCACGGGUGGUGAUAAACCUUAUCUAAUUACUGGAUCAGAUGAUCACACUGCUAAGGUAUGGGAUUAUCAAACCAAAACUUGUGUUCAGACUUUAGAAGGUCACACACAUAAUGUUUCAGCUGUGUGCUUUCACCCGGAGCUGCCAAUAAUAAUCACAGGUUCUGAGGAUGGUACUGUACGUAUAUGGCAUUCAACUACUUAUAGACUUGAGAAUACUUUGAAUUAUGGACUCGAAAGGGUUUGGGCUGUUGGAUACAUGAAAGGUUCACGAAGGAUUGCUAUUGGGUAUGAUGAAGGGACUAUAAUGGUGAAAGUUGGUAGGGAAGAGCCUGUAGUUAGUAUGGAUAACAGCGGAAAAAUUAUAUGGGCUAAACAUAAUGAAAUUCAAACUGUUAACAUUAAGAGUGUGGGAGCUGAUUUUGAGGUCUCUGAUGGAGAGAGGUUGCCUUUAGGAGUUAAAGAAUUGGGAACAUGUGAUCUCUACCCACAAAGCUUGAAACACAACCCAAAUGGGAGGUUUGUUGUUGUGUGUGGUGAUGGUGAAUACAUCAUAUAUACAGCUUUGGCAUGGAGAAACAGAUCCUUUGGGUCUGCAUUGGAGAUCGUGUGGUCAUCUGAUGGUGAAUAUGCUGUUAGAGAGAGCACAACUAAGAUCAAGAUUUUUAACAAAUCUUUUCAGGAAAAAAAGAGUAUCCGACCAACAUUUUCUGCUGAACGCAUGUAUGGAGGAUCAUUGCUCGCGAUGUGCUCGAAUGAUUUUAUAUGUUUCUAUGAUUGGGCCGAGUGCAGAUUGAUUCAAAGGAUUGAUGUCAAUGUCAAGAACCUUUACUGGGCAGACAGUGGUGAUAUGUUAGCAAUUUCCAGUGAUUCAUCAUUCUAUAUACUACAGUACAAUCAUGAUGUAGUGUCUGCACAUCUAGACAGUGGAAGAUCUGUAGAUGAGCAAGGUAUUGAAGAUUCCUUUAAACUUCUGUAUGAAGUGAGUGAAAGAGUUAGAACUGGAUUGUGGGUUGGUGACUGUUUUAUUUACACUAAUUCUUCAUGGCGACUCAAUUACUGUGUUGGUGGUGAGGUAACCACAAUGUUUCAUUUGGAUCGCCCAAUGUAUCUUCUAGGAUAUCUAGCUAAUCAAAGCAGGGUUUUUCUCAUUGACAAGGAAUUCAAUGUCAUUGGAUAUACGUUGCUGCUCACCUUGAUUGAGUAUAAAACACUUGUGAUGCGUGGAGACCUAGACAAAGCUAGUACUGUAUUGCCUUCUAUUCCAAAGGAGCAUCAUAACAGUGUUGCUCAUUUCUUGGAGUCACGUGGAAUGAUUGAUGAAGCUUUAGAAGUUGCUACAGAUCCUGACUAUAGAUUUGAACUGGCCAUUCAGCUUGGUAAACUAGAGAUUGCAAAGGAUAUUGCACUAGUAGCAGAAAGUGAGUCGAAAUGGAAGCAGUUGGGUGAAUUAGCUAUGUCUACUGGACUGUUGGAAAUGGCUGAAGAUUGUUUGAAACAUGCAAACGAUUUAAGUGGUCUGCUUUUGCUGUAUUCUUCUCUGGGAGAUGCUGAAGAGAUGGCAAAACUUGCACUUGUUGCAAAAGAAAAUGGAAAAAACAAUGUUGCUUUUGCUUGUCUAUUUAUGCUGGGUAAAUUGGAAGACUGUUUACAGUUGUUGGUGGACAGCAACCGGAUACCCGAGGCUGCUCUGAUGGCCCGGUCUUAUCUUCCAAGCAAGGUUUCAGAAAUAGUUGCUCUUUGGAGAAAAGACCUUAACAAGGUUAACCAGAAAGCAGCAGAAUCAUUAGCAGAUCCUGAAGAGUAUCCAAAUAUGUUUGAGGACUGGCAAAUUGCACUUGAAGUUGAAGAAAGAGCUACAGAAACAAGGAGUAGUUACCCUCCAGCAGAAGAGUAUGUGAAUUAUGUUGAUAGAUCACAUGUGAAUCUUGUGGAUAUUUUUAAACACAUGCAGUUGGAUGAUGAUGAACCACAUGAAAACGGAGAGUUGGAUCAUGAGGAGGGUGUAGAAGAAAACGGAAAUGAAGGGGAAUAUAUUGAUGGUCAAGAAGAAGAAGCAGCAGCAGCUGAAAAUGCAAAUACAAAUGCAAAUGCAAUGGAUAACGAUUCUUCAGAUGGUGCACAACUUCGUCAGCCUAAAAGCAAUUGGUUGGGGCUAAUUUUAUUGCUGUGCUUACACCACGUCACCAAGUCGAUUAAAGAUGUUUCCUGCUUUAUGCAACUCCUUCAGGUACCUGUUUGUGGUGUAAUUUUUUACUCGCUAGGCAAGGCACUCCAUCCAUUAUUCUUUCUUUCUGAGGCAAUAAUAAUAUUGGGACGGAAGGAGUAUCUAACUUUGUUACAAAAGUAA